AAUGAAAGUUAGAGUUUGGGGGUGGUAUGUGAUAUGUGUGUAUUUUUUCUGCAGAAUGUUAGUACUGUGGGUCCCAUUAUCACAGCAAAAAGGUGACAGGAAAACUGGACUAGAGACUACUGGGACUUCAUUUAAGAAAGGGUUUGGGCUUAAUGUUUGUCGUGGCAAAGCCGACAAGGUUAAUUUAAGAGAACAUGUAUGAUGGCACAAGGUGACCUGAAGAAGAGAUUUGAAGGCUUUGAUUCUAUAUCCCUGUUCCAUUUGGAUUGGUAAGAAUUACUGGGUGUCAUUCUGGAAUUUUUGGUUUCCUACAAGUUUCUUAUUAAGGCUACUUCCACAGGACAUUACUUUGAAACUGGUUGAGCUCUACAGCUCAGAGACAACUUGAAGCAAACAUCCCAACUCUGUGAACUUCAGUUUGGGCAUAAAUUCCAGAUUUGUCUGUCUCUGCUGUUUGCUGAGCUCUUCUGUUUGUUCUUUCUUCGUGUCUUAAGAUCACUGUAAGUAUAAAGUGUGGGAAAAGUCCUGAGCUCAUCUCACAUAUUCUUUCUCAGUAGAGUUGUCUUCAUGAGUUCUCUAAGGCAGUGUAUCUCAGUGGCCCCUUUAAAAUCAAACUUGAAAGCUUUUUCUAAAUCUUGUAACUCUAAGGGGAAAAAAAUCCUCAGUGUCUUUUCAGGAGAAACAGAACUUGUUCAUAUUGGAGAAGGGAUGGAGUUGAAAGGGGUAGACCUAAGAACUUUUCUUUUGCUUUAACUACUAAGACUGUGGAAAAAAAUAAAUAAAUAACAUCUUGGGCAUUAGGACCCAGUGGAAGUGCCUUAUUCAGACUCUUGGUUAACUUCUCUCAGUGACGUAAACAAGCAGCCCCAGCUCUUUCUCUCCCGCCCCCCCAUCUCUCUCCCUCUUGCUCCUUUUCUCCCCCUUUUUCCUCCCCCUCCCUUUUCCCUCUCAUUUUCUCUUCCCCCCCCCUCUCUUCCCCCUCCUUUUCCCUCCCUCCUCUCUCUCUCAGCUCCCUUACAUUAAAGAGAAAAUGCUGCUAUCAGUGACUUCCAGGCCUGGGAUUUCGACUUUUGGCUAUAACAAGAACAACAAGAAGCCAUAUGUGUCACUGUCUCAGCAAAUGGCACCACCUAGUCCAAGCAGCAGUACCCCUAACAGCAACAGUGGGAGCAAUGGAAAUGACCAGCUGAGCAAAACCAACCUCUAUAUCCGGGGAUUGCAACCAGGCACUACUGACCAAGACCUUGUCAAAUUGUGCCAGUCAUAUGGCAAGAUUGUCUCCACUAAGGCCAUACUGGACAAGAGUACAAACAAAUGCAAAGGCUAUGGCUUUGUGGACUUUGACAGUCCUUCGGCAGCACAGAAAGCUGUCACAGCACUGAAAGCCAGUGGUGUGCAGGCACAGAUGGCAAAGCAACAGGAGCAGGACCCCACAAAUUUAUACAUAUCAAACCUUCCAUUAUCAAUGGAUGAACAAGAACUGGAGGGGAUGCUGAAGCCCUUUGGCCAGGUUAUCUCUACUCGAAUCCUUCGAGAUACCAGUGGGACCAGCAGAGGGGUUGGCUUUGCAAGGAUGGAGUCCACAGAGAAGUGUGAAGCCAUCAUCACCCACUUUAAUGGAAAAUAUAUUAAGACACCUGCUGGAGUACCAGCCCCUUCUGAUCCCUUGCUUUGCAAAUUUGCUGAUGGUGGUCCAAAGAAACGACAGAACCAAGGAAAAUAUGUGCAAAAUGGACGGGCCUGGCCAAGGAAUGGAGAUGUGGGUGGUAUGGCUUUGACCUAUGAUCCCACCACAGCUCUUCAGAAUGGGUUUUACCCAGCUCCUUAUAACAUCACCCCCAGCAGGAUGCUUGCUCAGUCUGCACUCUCCCCAUAUCUUCCAUCUCCUGUGUCUUCAUAUCAGAGAGUAACUCAGACAUCUCCUGUACAAGUACCUAACCCAUCUUGGAUGCACCACCAGUCAUACCUCAUGCAGCCUUCAGGUUCAGUUCUGACACCAGGGAUGGAUCACCCCAUUUCUCUCCAGCCUGCCUCCAUGAUGGGACCUAUUACCCAGCAGUUGGGCCACCUCUCCCUCAGCAGUACAGGCACGUACAUGCCGACGGCUGCUGCUAUGCAAGGAGCGUACAUCUCCCAGUACACGCCUGUGCCACCGUCUAGUGUCUCAGCUGAGGAGAGUGGCGGCCAGCAAAAUCAGGUGACGGUGGAUGCUCCCUCAGAUCAUGGGGUCUACUCUUUCCAGUUCAACAAGUAACAGCGUGGUCUGGAACCGAACUGCAAUCUCUCUAAGGCAUGCCUGUGCAAACGAAUUCUCGGCAAUGCUGAUGCUCCCAGACUCCAGAGGGCCAACCAGGAAUACAGACCAUCUGUGGGGUCCUGCUAACGACUAACACGCGGUCAUCGUUUUUCACUGGCGGGGCCCUGGAAAGAGAAAUCUACGCACUCCCUGCCCUCUGCUUAUUCCUCCAUUCCCGAUGGAGCCUGGGGGAGCCGUCACUUUUUGUGUGUGCUUCAGCCAAGGAGAUCAAAAGAACUGUUUUUCUUUUUUUUGCAAAGAAAGUUUUCUAUUUUGUUUUCAACUGCAAUAUACUCUUUCCAUAUCCCAAAGAGACAGUGCCUGGAGCUUCUUCUCAUCUUUACUCAAAACAGUGUUUGAUGUGUUGGGCUUCUCUGGGGAGGCUUUAAAAAUUUUUGUCAUUUCUUUUUUUAAAAAAAGAAAAAAAAAAGGUGUGAAAGAAAGAAAGAUGCAGAAGUCCUACUGUGGACCCUCACACAGAUUUUAGUUAUGGGCUUAUUUUGGUGUGUGUAGAAGAAUAUACAGACUUCAGAAGUUUCAUUUUAUAAAGUCUUAGUUCAUACAUCCCGUCUCUUCUUCACACAUUUUAUGCCUUUCUCUCAUCCAGACUGUUCUUUUUCUCUUUUCAUACAGCAGAGCCUGCCCACUUUGCCUUUUUACAGUUUUUAAUUUUGUGAAUUUCUUUUUUGAAUGAAAUUUUGUGUGGACUUUUUAGAGGCCUGGGCAAGGGACAAGGUAGAACACUAAGCAGGCAGUGGAAGCAGCUUGUCCUCCCUCUGCCUUGCUGCAUCCUCACGACCUUGGAAGAAAGACCAGACUUUGCCUUCAGGAAAGAGAGAUGUGAUGCAGGCUUGUUAAAGAGACAGUCCCACAGUCUUUGGAAGCCAUCCUUGAGCCAAAUUUGGACGAAGACUAGGUCUUUCCUGGAAAGCUCCAAAAGGGUGGACUUUCUGACUUCUGACUGAUUCUUCAGAUCACUGAGAUCAACACCAUGUGAGGAAGUGUCUCUUCUCCAGCGACAGGUUUACAGGAAUACCAGCUUUCCUGUUUUCCUGAAGGAUCUUCUUUUUUGCCUGGGGUCUCUGUCCUGUCUUCCUAUCACACAUUGCUGUACUCAGAUGAGCCUUUGCAACUGUGACCUUGUUGAAUCGACUUGGGCUUUUUCCCCACUGUGGAAGAUCAUCUGCUUCAUCUAGACCAGUAGUUCUGGUCUAGAUGAAAAAACCAAGAAGGUGGUUUUGUCCCCUAGAGGCCACUUGGAAAUCUCUGGAAAUCUCUUGCCUGGGGCUGGGGGCUGUGUGCUCUUGGCAUCCAGUGGCCAGAGACCAAGGGUGCUGCUAAAAUAUCUUACAGUGCACAGGACGGCCCCAGCUCCCCCAGCAAAGAAUUAUUUGGCUCCAAAUGUUGGUAGUGCCAAGGUUGAGAAACCUCAUUGUGGACAGUGUUGUUACUGCCUCCUGUAACAGAGGACUUGGUAAGUUCCCACCCUAACCCUGGCUACACAGUGUCCUUUGACACUCAGCGUAACUAGUUGAGAGGGACGGAACUAGGGCCCUUGAAUUUUCCCCAGGCUUUGACCUCGGACACCUCUGCAUGCAGUGAGAGCUGCCCUCGAGAGGCACGUGCACACACACGUUCAGCGGGAUCCAGGUAUGGGGACCGCUCUGUGUUGUGCGCUGUGCAGGGUGAGAAGGACAAAGCUCUCUGUAACUGUCCAGGGCAACCUGCUCUACCCUCGUGUGUGUUUGGAUCCCUUUUCCAGGGAACCGGAAUAUCAACAAUAAAUUUCCUUCUUGUGGAAGGACUACAGGGAGCUAGGACAGAAAAGGGCAAUAAAUCCCAUCUCAUUACUUCCAAGGUUGGAAUCCUUUAAAAUCUAUAUUUUGCUCUUUAACUCCAUCUCCUUUGCGAGCCCGGACUCUGUGACAUGGAGACAGAGAGGAGAAGGCCUUCGCGCAUCCCCUCGAAGUAAGAUCCUGUGACUGUCCUCUCCCAGCCACUACCUUGCGCACCGUGAGUUGUGCUCCCCUUCACUGCAAGGUCAGGUGCUUUUCACCAGUCCAUGAGACAGAAAGCCAAGCCGAAUGAUAGAGAAUGGAGAGAUGGAUGGGUGUUUGGUAGGCUGGCUGUUGGGAGAGCAAAGGGAUGAUGCGGAGGGAAAAGAAGCUGUGGUGUCAGUUCUUGUACAAAGAGUUUGGACCCAGCUUCCCCACCCCACCCCUCCCCCUGUCCCAGAAGUGAGUCUUUGUGCUCUCUGCCCCUCGACUGCCCUUUUGUACAGCCCUGCAGGCAGGGGAGGUGGACGGCUUGGGUCAUGUAUAAAAUGUAAAGGACAUAAUUGCCACUAUUAAUUUUCUCAUAAGUAAGUCCCACCUCAGGAAGGGCUUAUCCCUUGUAAAACAGCCCCAAACCCAGUAACUUUCUAGAAGGGUUUGGCCGACUGGGCAAGUAGCUCUUGUUUCUGAGUCUCCAAGUAUGCCAUAUAUUUCUUAUAAGUGGACUUGAAGAGGAAAAAAGAAAUCCACAAUCCUGUUCAUUUAAUUGAUAAUUUGGAGGCGCCUUGCUAUACCCAGGAGCUUUAGUGCAGCAGGGGCGUUUCAGGUAUGAAAACUGUUGUUCAUGCAACUGUUGCCUCUCCUCCGCCCUCCCAGACAUUUUUUUUUUUAACUUAAAAAAAUUUUUUUCCCCAGAACUCUUGAUAGUAUUUUCUGUGUUGUUGUUGUUUUUUAAUGUUUAAAGGGCCAGGGUUGUGCUUGUUUUAAAUCAUGAAGUUACCUUUUGUGUAUUCGAUUCAUGUGAAUCUACAUAAUGGGUUCUGUUGAGUGUUUCUGGUUUGGGCAGGUUGGAGCAUGGGAAGUGGUGGGAGCCUGAAGUUAUUUUUGUAGUAGUUAAUGGCACUGUGGAAUUUUAGUGUUUGGGUUAUGCUCCUGUUUUCCCCCUAGUUGUUAGUUCAUUUCUAACAGUCAGUUGCUAACAUGGGUGAGUGAUCGGAGAAAGGGGAGAAUGAGGGAUGCUUUUUCUCUCAUGAAAUAGCCUGUUAGUGGCAGCAGUGGCAGGGGACUUGUAGGAGGGCCUUCAAGCUCACAGCCUCGGGCCGGGCUAAAGUCUUUAAACACUGUGCCUAGUAUUUUCCGAAUUGUCUUCACAAGAGCCAAGAUCAUACUGUCUGCAUGUCACAUCUCACCCCCACUCAUUACAGAUGCUUGUAACAUUCUGAAAAUAUUUUGUGCUUUUCUGUUUUUGGUCAAAUAGAAUACAUCAGAGUCCCUUCUGAUGAUAUAAUCCUUUUACUAGGCUCAGAGCCUGCCUGUCCUAUCUCACAUCAGUGUUCCUACUGUUCCUUUCACCCUCUGGGGUGAUAUUCAAACCCUAGGCUGAUUAGACUUUUUGGAGGAGGGUGUGGGUAGAGGGUACAGAAGAUGUGGGAAUGAUGAUAGGAAGAGAUGUUAUUUUUUAAGACUGUUUUAAACCAAAGAGUUUGGAGAGCUGCCCAGACUAGGAAGCCUGGUGGCUCUGAAGAGGCAACAGCCAUUGUCAGUAAUAGAUAGGCAGGGGUGGAGGACAUUAUGUUCGUCGAGGGUGAAGACUAGACGUGCUGCUCUACCAACCAUUCCUGGGUUGGGCCACCUCAGCCUAGCUCCAUUCCUCUUCCUUUCUUAACCUGGUCGGUGAGUUCAUUCACCCCCUUGAUGCCUGCAGUGCUCAUUCCUUGCUGCUUCAGUGUCCUCCUUAAGUAUGGGUUGCCACUUUGCACCACAUAGGUGCUUGAGAGGCCCAGCUGGGAUGGGAUGUUG